AUGACGGAGACACUGUGCUUCAUCGCGAACAAAAAUUUGCCAAUUCCGGACGAAAUAGGCUCGUUCAAACAACUCGAAGAGCUUCUCAUCUCUUGCCCUCAAGCGCAAAAUGCUCGAUCCAAGCCCACGAAAUUUCCCGCCUUGAAGGCCGCUAUCGAUUCGUAUGAAACCUAUGCUACCACAAGCGGCUUUCCCGAGUUCAACUUCAGCUCGGAUCUGCUGCCGUUCAUCAUUCAGUGCGCGCGACGCGAGCAAGAUGGCCAUCGCGGUUUCCAUAUUUUGAAAGCAGGAUACUCUGACAGCGUGUCGUAUUCAGCAGCUACGGCGGUAGGAAUGCUGGCGAACGCGUUCUUUUUGAAUCUUGUGUCGGCAGGCCGGGACUCUGUCGUAGCCUCGAGGGCGCCAGACGUCGGUUCAGUCGAUUUAGUUGGGUUGUAUAGCAAGGAGAACGGACCAUCGGCACUUAUCGCCACACAGCGACUUGUGUGCUUGGUGUCGUAUUUCCAUCAGUGCUCAGCAACCCAGCAGUCAGUCUUGGCUUCCAGGGAAAUUAUCGUCGAACGACUUGUCACCAAGGCAACUCAAAGCGGAGGGAUCUUUGACGACCUGGCGCUCAGAAACAAGUUGGUAAAGAAGGAUGCAUGCAGGAUCUACACUGGCAGCAUGGAAGAGUCGAGCGCCGGUGCCUUUGUCGAUUUUGCAAACAGGCGACUCCAUAUCCACUCUAUCAUUCCGUCGUGCACGCAGGAGGAAGUACUGUUCACCGUGUGUCCCGAAGCGUACCUUGCCAUUCUCUUCUGUGAGACUAUGGCCGACAAUGAAGCGAUUACAUUGCGGAAUGUGAAGAGGUGGUGCGCGUUCUCGGGAUACGGAAACACAUUCCGAUUUACUGGCCCCUACGUUCCGCCACAAGGUUCCGCUGAUGCAAUCACAGUACUGGCCAUAGAUGCAGUAUCUCGCGACCAUUUGGGACAGACGAGUGUCCAACGUGACGUCCGCAAGGCGUACUUGGCCUUUUCGAGCGUGCCAGCCGGGACGAAGAUCGUGACAGGACAUUGGGGAUGCGGAUGUUUCGGCGGCAACAAAACGCACAAGUUCUUGCAACAAGUCUGCGCCGCUACGAUGGCCGAUAGAUUUCUGGAUUAUUGCGUCUACGAAGACGCUUAUUUGGAGUCGCGCUUCAUUGAAAUUCUGAACAAGGUGGAAGAGAAGAAUAUGACCAUUGCAGACGUAUAUACGAAGCUACUGCUUGUAAAGUCGAAGAUUGACUAUGAAGCUUUUGUGGGACGUGCACUCGGACUAGAGGGUGCGAAACGGAGCUGCAUCUUGGUAUAA